AUGACCCCGCUGGCCUCAUCAGUCGCACCCUCCUCAAUCACAUCGCCUCUCCCCCAACCACGUCGUCACCCAUUGAAGCCUGGAAGCCCCAAGGAAAGCGAGCUCAUCCGCUAUCUCGACCACGGUCUCAAUGCCGUACAACUGCGCGUUGAGAAUCGAUUGCAAAAGCCUGCCAAGGACUCAUCAGAAAUCAGAGGUUAUCAGCAUUUUGGCGAAAUAGAAAGGGAUAUAGAGCCGCUGAUUGACGUAUUAUGGGUAUCCGGAUCUCCAAAUCUGCAGGUGCCAUACCUCCUCAACAUCGCGCGCUCCCUCACCGAAUACCUCCCACUCUUCCCUGCUUCCCCCAAGGCAACCUUCCGACUCCUUGACAAACUAGAUCUCGCAUUUUCUAGCCUCUUGCAGGGUAAAGACGCAGAUAAAGGCGAACCGCUCCCCGGCUUUGAGAAUGGACGUACAGUCAGCAUAACAGACAAGGUCCGUCUUAAAGGCAUUGUAGAUCGGACUAGACUUGUGGUAGUACGUACAUUAGGCGAUGAACUUGUCGAUGAAGAGGGUGAAGCUCUAGUCAGAGAAGAUGAAGCCAUGCCAAACGAUGAUACAGUAAAGUUCGAAGGGUUCGAGAACAAUGACAGUGACGACGAGGAAGAUGACGAGGACUGGAAAGAGGCACAGAUUGGCAGGGUCUACGAGCGAACGAUCGGCGAGUUGGGCGAUGUCCUCGGUGGACCGCCCAUUGGAAUCAUCACUGAGGAGUGA